AUGUCAAUUUUGACCCACAGCACGUUCCUUUCUAUCCCCGAAAACACUCUUACCCAAUGGACCGACAUAACAGGUCAACUUAAAGCAGGAGUUCGAUAUUUCGAUAUCCGUCCCGUCAUCUCAUCAAGCAAAUUCUUCCAGGGCCAUUACUCAAAGAUUGGCUCGAACUGGAUUGGUGGUGAUGGGCAGGACCUAGCAAGCAUGAUCGAGCAAGUCAACACGUUCCUGAGCACUUACAACGAACUUGUCAUUCUAGACCUAUCGCACAUGCAUAAUACAGACGAAGAUUGGCGUAAUCUAAAUCCUGAGGAGUUCGCUCGUCUUCUUACACAGCUCGAAGACCUGCAGCAUCGCUAUUCUGGCCCUACAGGACCUGACAGCGACCUUGCCGGCCUCCCGCUGCACACCUUCAUCGCCAACAGCCCUUGCGUGCUAGUUAUCAUUUCCGACUCCCCUCUCGUACUACCCUCCUCCCCACCAUCAGGCAUCUUCCCCUCCACCGCCCUAAACAUCUACAACUCCUACACAAACACCCCCAUCGCACCACUCAUGGCCGCCGAUCAGAUCAACAAAAUGCUCACGCGCCGAACAUCACGCGACAGUGGCAUGUUCCUCCUUUCAUGGACUCUGACCACACCGCUCGAUAUUCGUGAGCUCGCGAAAGAGGCUCAUAGUAUCCUGUUUCAGCCUGGAGAUACUGGGUUGUGGAGCACGAUAUACAGGAACCGGCAGAAGGGAGCAUAUCCGAAUAUCAUCAUGGUUGAUGGGUUGGGAAGUACGCAUUCGAGGGAUGCGUUGUUGGGUGGGAAGGUGUUGACGGGGUUCUGUAUAGCGGUGAAUUCGGUAGUUUUGGAGGGACUUGGGUGUCUUGCUUGA